CCCUUUCUCCGCCCCCUUCCCCAGCCUCUCUCUCUCCUGGCACGCGCGUUUUCCCGGACCCCGCGCAAGCGCGUGCCUCAGCCUUAUGGCGAAAGGGCGGGGUAGACACCCUGCCGCUGGGAAAUACCCCCAAGUAACCCAAAGCCAACAAGGACUGGGACUGCAGGGUGGCAAAAAGAGAAAGGGGGGGGGGGAGCGGACGAGAUGGAGUCUAACAUUUUCAAGGGAAGGGGAGAGCUUCGAAGAAGGACGCCUAGAGAUGGAAUGAAGGGCAAAUAAGAAAGUGUUUUCUGAAAGUAAAUAAGGUUCCUGGCUCAGAGCUGGACACCUUCACAACUGUCAGUUCGUCGUUUUCAUCUUGCUCCACUUUGCACAUGAAAAGCCCGGGGCUCAGAGAGAAAAACAAAUCUUAUUCAAGAUCACAAACCAUUCUUUUUUCCAUUGGCAGGGAUUACAUAGAAAUCAAGAUCUCCUGGGAACCCUACUCGGGCUACGAUGAGGAGGCUUACUCGGUUGGGCCGUUGCCGGAACUCUGUUACAAGGCGGAUGUCCAGGCUUUUAGUCGGGCCUUCCAACCCAGUGUCUCCCUGAUGGUGGCUGUGCUGGGUCUGGCGGGCAAUGGCCUAGUCUUGGCCACCCAUCUGGCAGCCGGACGAAUUACCCGAUCUCCCACCUCCGUUCACCUGCUCCAGUUGGCCCUGGCUGACCUCCUAUUGGCCCUGACCUUGCCCUUUGCAGCAGCAGGGGCUCUUCAGGGCUGGAAUCUAGGAAGUACCACCUGCCGAGCCAUCUCGGGUCUCUACUCAGCCUCCUUCCACGCCGGCUUCCUCUUCCUAGCAUGUAUCAGCGCGGACCGCUAUGUGGCCAUCGCUCGAGCUCUUCCAGCCGGGCGGCGGCCCUCCACACCUGGCCGUGCGCACUUGGUCUCGGUCUUCGUGUGGCUGUUGUCGCUGCUCCUGGCCCUGCCUGCGCUCCUUUUCAGCCGGGACGGGCCGCGGGAAGGCCAGCGGCGCUGUCGGCUCAUCUUCCCUGAAGGCCUCACGCAGACUGUGAAGGGGGCGAGUGCCGUGGCGCAGGUGGUCCUAGGCUUCGCGCUGCCUCUGGGCGUCAUGGCAGCCUGUUAUGCGCUCCUGGGCCGCACGCUUCUGGCCGCCAGGGGGCCAGAGCGGCGGCGUGCUCUGCGCGUUGUGGUGGCCUUGGUGGCGGCCUUUGUGGUGCUGCAACUGCCCUACAGUCUCGCUUUGCUGAUGGAUACAGCCGAUCUACUGGCCGCGCGCGAGCGGAGCUGCUCUGCCAGCAAGCGCAAGGAUCUCGCUCUGCUGGUCACCGGCGGCUUGGCGCUGGUGCGCUGCAGCCUCAAUCCGGUGCUUUAUGCUUUUUUGGGCCUGCGCUUCCGCCAGGACCUGCGGAGGCUGCUACAGGGUGGGGGAUGCAGCCCAAAGCCCAACCCUCGCGGCCGCUGCCCCCGCCGACUCCGCCUUUCUUCCUGCUCUGCUCCCACUGAGACCCAUAGUCUCUCUUGGGACAACUAGGGCUACGAUUCCAGAGAAGGGGGAGGGCUAAGGAAACGAUCCCAGGGAGGGUAGUGAGAAAGGGGAGUAAGUGGGGGAACGCUGAGAAAGACUUGAGGACUUAAAGGGAUUGCCGCUGCGCUUAAUUAAAUUGAUACAAUACAAAUGAGAUGCAACCCAA